AUGACUAUCCUUCACCGGCUCUUAUUGCUCUUCUUGCUCUCAAACUCAAUCCAUGCAGACAUCAACACUCAGCUCCUGGAGAACGGACCGAACAGAAUAGUUGACAUACAAGGCAACCCGGUCAUCCCAAGUUCGCCGGCGCCAUGGUGGUUCAACGGCGGGAUAGUUGCCCCCCCGGCCUUCGACGUCUCGGAGGGCACUUUCCUGGACAAGGUAGAGGUUAAGAUUUUCUGCGCAACGAACGACGCUGUCAUCUUGUACACCGUUGAGCCUUACCAGGCCCAGGGAGGUGGGCCGCAGCUGGAGGGGAGUCAGCUGCUGGGGAGCGUGUACGACGGGAGACCGGUCGUGAUCACCCGUACCAGCGUGGUCAAGGCCAUAGCAGUUCACCUGUACGCUCUUGACAGCUCAGUCUCUCAGACCGGCGUCAUCUACAUCCGUGUCAAACCGCCGACGUUCACCAUCACCCGAGGAGGCGCGGAGGGGUCGGCCAUCGUGACCGUCCUCGCGUCAUCCGCCGAGCCCUCGGCCGAACCCUACAUCUCCGUCGCCUUCGACAACGACCUCCCUCUUCCUGAGCACCCAACGGGCAUCCGGCAGCUCAACGUCACCCUCCUCAAGAGCGCAGUGGUGCGGGCGAUCGCGUUUCAAAACGGCCUCCUGCCCAGUGACGUCGCGUCCUCGGGCUUGAUCAGCGUGCAGGGGAUGCAGGCAGCAGGAGGAAGCGGGUUUGUCCUCGCCGGAUGUUGGGACGUUGGAGCUGCGAGCAGCUUCUACGGCAACUACACGAGGCCGAGGAGACAGGACGCGUCCUGCAACGAGCAGUUCCCCACCAUGAUCGAGCCGGCGCUAGUGCGGGAGUGCGGGGGAGGGCUGGGCCCGUUGAUGCUGGUUGGGCCAUCUUGCAAGGGAGGAGAGUGGGACGUAGACCCUAGCGGGGUCUCUCCGUGCGACCUGUUGCCUCUCGUCUAUCACGCGACCGACGGGUACCAAGGGAGGGCGCUGAAGCCCCUGAGAGUUAUGCCAAACUGCUCGACCUCGGGACAACCGCGCUUGACUGACUUUGUCGAGGAGAACAGGGGCUUGAUGGGAAUGAGGUUCGAUGGGUCGAUGAAUACUAUGCUCCUCCUCUUUCAGAAUGUCGACGAGCUGGUCCAGGCGCAGCUGCUCCCCUCAGGAGCUAUGACGCUGGAACUCGAGGUCGUCUUCGAUCCCGUGAGGAUGGAAAGGAACUCCUCCUACGCCCUCAUGGCCGUCAAACAAUCCACCGGGAACUUUGCGGGCGCCAACGAGGAGUACAGCAAGGGAUGGGCGCUGACCUACCACACCUUCGCCAACCAAACUGUCGACGAGGUCACCCUCUCCUUCUCCAUCGCCCUCGAGGCCAACUUGGGCCAGAGCGAUCUGCCGAGCAUGCAGGUGCUUGAGUACUCCUUCCUGCCACAGCAAGUCCUUCCUCCUACCUGGACACACCUCCUCGUCCUCUACGACCUGCACUCUCUCCAGCUCUUUGUCAAUGGCUCCCUGGUGGCUCAAUCGCAGGCCUGUGCUGUUCCCCUCGAUCCUCUCAGGGGCUGCGGGAGGAUACAGUACCCCUCGUUCCUCGACCCCCGCGCGCACGGACCAGCCUCCUUCACGGUCGGGGGGUACCAGGACGGGGGCAUGGGGAUUGCGAGGAGCCACGAGGGCCUACUGGGGAGGGUUCGGCUCUUCUCGGAGGCGCUCAUGGGGGACGUGAUCCGAGCAGCUGCCCAGCAGAUGACGCUGGCAGGGCCCGUCAACCCCUGCAGCAGCGGGACCUUCGGGGUGUUUGCGGGGAUGUCGCCGUGCUCCCCCUGCCCACCUGGGACCUUCAACCCUCUGACUGGGCAGGAGAGCUGCCCCGCUUGCCCUGAGGGUUUCUUUUCGGAGGCAGCAGGAGCGACUAUCUGCAGCGUGUGCUCGGUAGGGAAGACAAGCUCCCCUGGCGCCAAGAGCGUCACUGACUGCGUCGAGCCCGACCCCUGUAUCCACCAAGUCUGCGACCUCAGAGCGACCUGUGCGCAGGUCCCGGGCUCCUUCACCUGCACGUGUCUCAUCGGCUAUUUGGGCGAUGGCUUCACGUGCGCCCCCAUCUGCGGCGAUGGGCUGAAGCAGCCGGAGGAGGGUUGCGACGACGGCAACACUGACCUCGGGGACGGAUGCAGCAGCCACUGCACAGUCGAGGAAGGCUUCGUCUGCUCCACGGGCUCGACUACAUCCUCCCUCUCCUCCUGCGUCUGCAUCGAUGACGAGGAGAUCUGCUGCGCCCGCCAGCUCACCAACUGCAUGGCGAAGCAAGGACGGUUUGACUCGCGGGGGAUCAACGCGCGGGGAGAGGACAAGCCGGUGGCAGCAGGAGACACCUGGGUGCUCGCUGAAGCCUCUGAAGAUUGCAAUGCUGCCUGUGCUCGCAUUCUCCCCGGCUUUUACUGCAUACCCCACACAGGGAGCAGCUUGCUCGUCAGCUCCUUUAACGUCUCGCUGGUUCAAGUUCUCAAGCAAGCCGGGGAGGAGAGGAACGCUACCUGCGAGAGGAGCUACAUUCUCGACCCCUUGCACCUACACUUCCUCCAGCCCUCCGACCUCGCCGCCCUCCCUAUGAUCGAUGAGUUCGGCACCGCUGGCACUAGGAGCUUCACAACAGCGCUCCCACUUGCUGGCGACGGGCUCGUCUGCUACGCAUUGAAUCCUGCCAUCUCCUCCGCUCGCCGGCUCUGCCAGUGCAUGGAACCGCCGAGCGUUUGUGUAAGUGACUGUCUGGCUGCCCAACAAGAAUGUCUGGCAAACGCUACGAAGGUGGUAAGACGACUGUACAUUAAGCAGAGGGUCGAGGCGGCUCGAGUGGAGUACUUUCCCUGUCUCAACAACCCUUCCUGGUCCUACAAGUUGCCUCAGCCACCAGGAAUUCUCAACGACGUCUUCCUCACCUGCGACACCAUCAGCGCUAGUUUCUGCGCGCAGCAGAUCGGCGUGGGAUGCGAUGAGUGCCCUUUAUCCUGUGGCUCCUGCAAGACCUGCUACCAGGACAGGAAGCAGUUCUACUAUGGCGUGGCCCCCCCGCCCACCGUCAACUUGACGCUGCCCGAAGAUCUGCCUCGGUGCCCCAGCUCGUCAAUCCGCUCGCGGUGA